CCUUUUUAGUAGCCGAAGGAUUGAUUCGUUAUGACGUUUAUGGUCGUGUAAAUGUUAAUUUUUCUUAGUAGUUUGGUCUUCAUAUUUUUCAAAGAUGGUUGCCAAAAUUGACCAAGUCAGUGUCAGUGGCUGCUACAGUUGGAUAGAAGCCUCCAUCAUCAAAUCAAUUAUACAAAUGACACAAAUUUAAUAUUUGUCGUGAUUGUCAUUUUCAGGUUAUUAACUUGCAUGACCACACCAUGUCGUUUCUAGCAUAAUAAUAUAAGAGUAAUUGUUGGAGACCUUUGUCUUCUCUUGAUCUUCUCAGACGGCAGUUCAUAACAAAACUCCUAAUUAAGAAUUUGGUAGUUGGAUCCCAGGUUUGCAUACCGAUCCGGGGAUGGAUUUCUUCCAUUCAAGAGAGAAGAGACAUGGCAAAAGAGCAGGAUUGUUUGGUCACAAAAGUGCGAGCAAGAGCAACCCGUCGAGCCCUCCUCAUCUUGCUGAGGGUCGGUCUCAGCCGACAACUCAUUUCGGCAUGAAAAGAUCGGAAUCAGAGUACGCGUUUCCCAUCUCCGAUGAACAAACCACUCACUGGAAACCACAACAGCAAGCCUCUGAACGCAUCCCAAAUUCCCACCAACGGCCUCCAGUCUACAGAUAUAGCACGGUACUCUCAACUCCUUGUGAUGAGAUUUACAGUUUCUUUCAAUUUCCAUGGUUUUCAUUCUUUGUUCCAAACUCCAGCCUGAGCGUCCUAGAGAGCCUGAUGAGGAUGUGACUCCAAGGAGCAACGGUUCUGGGAGCCCUUUUCGAUCUGCCAGAACCCGCACGGUACCAAAUCACUUUUGUUCUUUUUUUUCAAUCUGCUGAUUUGGAACCAGUAACAAAGUUUUGUCUGUGAGUGGAGUGCAGCCUGAUCGUCGUAAAAGGUCUAGCGAGAUAACCAAAGAGCUGUACGAGAGAAUGUAUGAGGCAGAUGCCAAUGUGAGUCCAUUUCACCCCUUCAGAAGCCGCUCUCCAGCUCCCUACAACACCCAUGAACGUGGAAGAGACUACAGUAGAGAAAGAUAUGAAGCUGAAGGCAAUGUAACUUCCCGGAACAGACCUUCAAGCCCAUUUCAUCCAUCCCAAAGCCGCUCUCCACCGCCACACGCAAGGACUCAGAGAUACAACAACGGAAAAGAUCAUUUCGAGGGGAUGUACGAGGCAGAUGCCGAUAUCACACCGCGUAACAGCCCUCCCAUGAGUCCUGUUCAUCAACACACAAGCUACUCUCCACCACCGCCGUUCUACUCAUCCAGUGACGACGAAGACGACAACAAUUCCACCUAUCUCUUUCCAGAAAUUGCCACUGGACGUCGUUCCAGGGGAGUUUCAGGAAGCAGCACGCCGGUUCACUACAAGUAUCAGAUCACAUCGGUAGAGACUUACGAGCAGGAGAGGCAAUUCGAGCCGCCGGAGCUGCCGGACGAGUCACAGAGCUUCACGAUGCAGGAGAUCGCCAGAAUGCGCGGACUUCAAAGCUACGGAAAGGAAGAGAUACAAUUAGCGAUAUCCGAGACUUACGUCUCCGUCGCCAAUUACAAGGUACGGAUGAGCAUCGCCGCCACGCUCGAAGCGAUCAUUGACAAACACGGUGACAUCGCCGCCUCGUCGAAGUUACAAUCUACCUCAACGAGGUCGUUUUAUCUCGAAUCCCUAGCCGCAGCAGUAAUGGAACUGAAAUCAACGGCGUUGAGAGAUCUGACGAAGACGCGAGUGGCGGAAAUCGCGGCGGUCGUGAAGGACAUGGAUUCGGUGAAAAUCGAUGUAUCGUGGCUCAAAACAGCGGUGACGGAGCUAGCGGAGGCGGUGGAGUACUACGGGAAGUACGACACGGCGAAGAUUGUGAGGGAGGAGUGCGAUAGGGAAAUGACGGCGGGGAAAAAAGAGAUGGAGGAGAUGAGGGAGGAGCUGCGGCGGAGAGAGAAGGAAACGAAGGAAUGUAGAGAGAGAGUGACGGAGUUGGCGGGACGGCUGGGGCAGCUGGAGAUGAAGGAUGUGAGAGUGAAGAAGAAUCUGGAGCUCUAUGAGAGCAAGGUCCUUAAAUUCGACGGUCAUUCGGUUCUCGUUGACUGAACCCGACCUUUUGGAAAUUUAAUUAAACCGGUUUAGUGGAGUAAACCGCUUUGGAAAAUGCUUAUCCAAGCAUAAUCACUCGGAGAAGUCUUUGUUUGUUGGAAAAGAGGGAGGGAGAAGGUUCAUGCUCAUUUUUUAAAAGUCCUCCUAUCUAUUCUAAACGUUGUCCAUGUCAACGUGUGAUAGUUGAAUUGGUAAGCAUAAAAUCAUCCCCAACAAUUAUAGUCCGCUGUUAUCAUCGCGUUUUUGCGUUAGUUUACGGAAAAGGUAUAGACGUUUGAUACUGAGGUUUUGUGGACGGGCCUCUAGUUGGGUUUGUUCGUGGCAACUAGGAUGAGAUUUCAGCUCCUUAGAGUUGUGGAAAUUACGUAAAUUUCUAAAUUUGGCAUCUCGGAAUCGGUGUUUCUUCUUUUAUUUCCGUUAUAUACAUAUGUUUUUCUCCUUUGCUGUUUUGUCAUUGUCUGUUUUUCUGUACAUUUUGUUAUUUUUUUGCUACUAGUACUCUUUGUAACUUCAAUCGAAAUUUCGAAAAUUGUAUAAAUAUUUCAUAUUUUACCAAAUAAAAAAAUAAAAUAAAAAUUAGU